CUCAGGGAUUGCUUUCCAAGACAUUCUGUACUAUUAAACUCUCUUCUUGAUCAAGUACCAGACAUUGCUUCAUUGACUCCUUUGACCUAACACCAGAAAUGAGGUAGUAGGGAGAGCAGUCAUGGGCUUCAGAUCUUGUGGAUGAACAGAACUGCCCACAAUUUGCUCUGACACAAAGCGAGUUUGGGAGAAGCAGCAUCCUCCGUUGCACAACGACCUUUCGGUAUUCAAAUGCGCAUGAUUGUGUUGUCCAGAGCAGUAUUCUUCAGCUAUUGUCUUCUUCUGUGGCAUCUAGUGGGAGAUGCCCUAAUCUUCUGCAACUUUAUUCUUGAAAAGAUUUCAUGGGGCGGUUGACAAAUUCUUUUCCUUGGAUGUCGUCUGUGGAUGCCUGCAGUCCGCCAUGGCAUUUACUCGACAUAUGUGACAAAAGGUCUGUGAUGGGACCCACCCAUUACCAAAAAGGAUUAGGAGACAGUAUAUAUGCUGAAUGGAAAAGGUUUACUUUGGAGGAUUACUUUGAUAUGAUAUAGCAGGAGAGAAAAAUGCAGGACUUUACACGAUGGACCUCAAAAUGAAGGAAUCACUGGCACUUUGGAGGCAAGAAUGGGACACAGACUUGUUAUCUCAUACUGAUUCCAAAGGAACAAGAUCUGUCCUUGCAGUUUUGGUUUUUGGUCAAGACUUUUACGAGGCAGCAGACAUGGACUUGGCAUCUAAGCAUCUAUAGAUCAGCUUGGACUACCCUAUCGUCAAAAGGAUUCUCAAAAUUUUCUUACUACUCUGAUGAUUGGUUUAAAUGGAUGCCACAUAUCUGCACCUGUGGUCCAUUAACAUCCUCAUAUUCCUUUGGCACAAAAGGAUUUUUUUCAGCUUAUUCUUGAUCGAUAUCUUUUUAUCAUCACAUUGUUCUUGUCGUCAUUGUUUCAGCAUCAGCAUUAUCUCUUGUAUAUCUUCAUUUUUUCUUGCACUGAGAAGAUGCUAAUAUAACAUGCAUUCCAGUCUCCAAAAGAAGCUGAAAUAUUGAAUAUCUAUGUGAUGCCAAAUGAAACAUUGAGGGUCAUCUCAUGAAAUGUCUGACGAACCUAUAUGUGGAAUUUAGAGCCAUCAUGCACAUUUUGGAAAAUCUUCUAGUUGAGGUGCGUUAAAAAUAUUGUUCCAUUUUCAACACAUGCAACUCGAGAACAGGUGAGAUUGUUCAGGGCUUUGUGAAAGUUUACUAAGCAGAAGCAUGCAGGUUUGUCACUCUUCAUCUUCUUCUCCUCCAAAUACAAGUAUCGAUCAGGUACUCUAUGGUGACAUGUUAGAGUCAUAUCAAGAUGUCAAAAGCAACUUGGUGAGGAUGUUCUGUGCCAUUGGACAUAGACAUAAAGAGGAUGAUCACAAGAAUACUGGCAGCUAUUAGUAAUGCAGCAUUUACAACCUCGUUACUGAUAUCUGCCAGAAUGCACUUUGGAACAAUGCAAAGAAGCUCAGUGAAAAAAGAAAAGUGUACCUCGAGGUGCUCCUAAAUUUGAUGUGAGCAGGCAGGCAUCAUUCAGGGAAGGUUCUAGAAUCAAAAGACGAGCUCUUUUCCAGACAAGAAGUUUGGAGAGUUAUCCAUUCAUGGCCUCUCUGUAUAACCUGAAGAAUAUAUACAUGACGGCUUGCAUGUCAACACGAUUCACGCCUCCUCUCUCUGCCAUGCCAAUCCAGUAUGCUUGUGUAGAAACUGAAAAAGACUCUUCUUCCAUCACAGCUUCAACUUGUAGAGUUACCAUGCCCCAAGGAAGGGAUCCUCUUGUCCUGGGCCAAGUAGUUGGUGAUGUUUUGGAUCCUUUCACUCGGUCAGCUGCCAUGAGAGUGACGUACAACAGCAAAGAGAUCAGAAAUGGAACAGGGCUGAGGCACUCAGCGGUGGUGAAUAAGCCCCGAGUUGAGAUUGAAGGGCAUGAUAGAAGGCAGCUCUACACACUGGUGAUGGUGGAUGCUGAUGCACCAAGCCCAAACAGUCCUACAGACAGAGAGUACCUUCACUGGUUGGUGACAGACAUCCCAGAAACCCUUGAUGCCAGUUAUGGUUGAGCAAAGAUGCAGACAGCUUUGUGUGCAUGAUCUCUGUUCUUGUGUGGGCCCCACUUGAAGACAUUAGUCAGCAUGGCGGGGCCUCAACCAGAAAUCGAAGUAGAUGGAUGGCUGUUAUUCCUCACAGUAAUCAACGUUGACUUAAUGCUUUACUUUGUGGGGGCCCACAAGAAAAAAAAAUAAAAGAAAUAUAUUAAAAGUUGAUCGAUUGUGGUAUUACCAUUAUUUCAGUCAUCUUCCAAACUAUGUACCACACUCUUGAACACACACACACAAGAGCACAAUUUGAACUGUAUUACUUUAUCUUAGAUAUGCUAUCUAAAUGCAACUACUGAUACUGAAAUGGAGAAUUAAUUGGUUGUUCCUGUGAAUGCAUGCUAUAUCUUCUAGGAAAAAGCCUCUCUCUUAUGUUUCUGGUGUAUUCUAUGUUGAAACUUUCUCAAUUAUUUACUUUUAAGACAUCUGCUAGUUUUUUGCUACAUUUUAAUCUUGAACUUGAGAAUACUAUUUCAUUCAACAACUGAUGCUGGCAUGAACAAUUGCUUUUCCUCUGGAUGCAUGCAUCACAGUCUAUGAAUGGUUUAAUUUUUUUUAUUUUUCUUCUCUGACAGACCAUUUUGAAGCUUUUGUCCGAACUUUUCAAUGCUCUACUGUCAAAAGCACCUAUAGAUUCUUGAGCAGCACUAAAAAGAGUUAGGUUUUGUUUAGCAUGUAUUUAGAGCAAACAGCAAAUUUGCAUCUAUAGCCUUUUAUCUGAAUUUAUCCAUCCCACAAGCUAGGAAUAAGAUAAUGAACUUCCAUACUCAAAUGCUGAACAUCUAGAUCUGAAACUAUUAAACACUUCACUAUGAAUUCGAACAUCUAGAUCUGAGAGUAUAAAUCUUGCAAAAAUUCCACUACAGAAAUGUUAAAGAUUUGUAUGAUAAUUUAAAACAUACAUUCCGAGAGCCAAUCUAUAUUUCCUUUCCAUGAACCAUAAUGUUCAGAUUUCACUAUGAACAUAAUGAAAAUGUACAUCAACAGGUCAGUUGAUGGGUUUACAAUUAAUUAGGCUGCUGUCUCAAAUUUAUUGAUACACAUGUUUUUACAUGUAAAGAAGAUUCAUUAGGCGAUGUGCAAAAUUUACUAAUAUGCUUUUGUCAAGUCCUUAGCUAACUAUUAGUAACCAAAUUCAUGCGAAAUAUGCUUGAGGUCUUCCUCUCUGCAAGUGCACAGAUAUCUGCAACCAACAAAAGCAUGCAAAACUCAUACAUACACACUUUUCUCUUUUCAUCCUUCUCGGCUCUUUUUCUUUCCUUCCUUUUCUUUCAUAGAUCAACUGGCUCCUUUAUUCAUUGCACUAAGCAUAACAAAUUGAUUCUUGUUUAACUUUUAACUUGCAUAUUGAGAUUUUGAAUCUCAAAGUUUGGCUUUCUGAGCAGCUAAGAGUUGCUAGUGUCUUCUGAUACACAUCUGGGAGAAUGGUUUCCCAGUGAUUCUUAAGAAUUUGCUUGGUUAUGAUGUAAGUUUCUGAAGAAACACCAACACUUGUCGAGAAUCCUCCUUUUUAUGUCCCUACUUUCCUGAUACCUUGAUCAAGAAGCUAUAGAAAAGGCCUAACUGUAUAAGAACAUUGUUUCAGGAAAUGAAAUUGUCAGCUAUGAGAGCCCACAUCCAACCGCAGGGAUUCAUCGUAUCGUUCUUGUGCUCUUCCGGCAAGAGGUUCAGCAAACUAUUUAUGCACCCGGUUGGCGUCAAAACUUCAACACCAGGGACUUCUCAG